UUUGGCGCCUUCCAGACUACCACUGAUUCCAUUCCAGUCAGAGAGCAAAAAUUCGACCGGCCAGCGAUCUUACAACAAGGAAUAAUUUUUUGCUUCAUUUAUCUGUGUCCCGAGAUUUAUUUUCUACAACAACAUGACAGCAGCAAUGCAACGAGAAAGCGUCGCAACAGCUGAAACGCAAGAAGAAGAAUUUGGUCCACAGCCCAUCAGUAAGCUGGAGGGCAAUGGCAUUUUGGCAUCAGAUGUAAAGAAAUUAGAGGAAGCUGGCUACCACACGGUUGAGUCUAUUGCGUUUGCUCCCAAAAAACAGCUCAUCACCAUCAAAGGCAUCAGCGAGCAAAAGGCUGAUAAAAUCUUGGGUGAAGCUCACAAACUAGUCCCCAUGGGCUUCACAACCGCAACAGAGUUUCACCAGAAGCGGUCGGAAAUAAUUCAGUUGACCACGGGCUCCAAAGAACUUGACCGCCUUUUGGGUGGUGGCAUUGAAACAGGAUCUAUCACUGAAAUAUUUGGCGAGUUCAGAACCGGCAAAAGUCAGUUAUGUCACACUUUAGCUGUCACUUGCCAGCUGCCAAUUGAUCAGAAUGGUGGAGAAGGAAAGUGUUUGUUCGUCGACACGGAGGGCACCUUCCGUCCUGAGCGACUGCUGGCAGUUGCUGAGCGUUAUGGACUCUCAGGCAACGAAGUAUUGGACAAUGUAGCAUACGCUCGCGCCUACAACACAGACCACCAAACGCAGUUGCUGGUUCAGGCUGGAGCCAUGAUGGCUGAUUCUAGGUAUGCCCUGCUUCUGGUCGACAGUGCCACUGCCCUCUACAGGACUGACUACUCUGGCCGAGGAGAGCUUUCAGCCAGGCAAAUGCACCUGGCCCGUUUCCUCAGGAUGCUGUUGAGACUGGCUGAUGAGUUUGGUGUGGCUGUCGUGAUUACCAACCAAGUGGUGGCUCAAGUGGAUGGAGGAACUGUUUUUGCUGCUGACCCAAAGAAACCCAUUGGGGGCAACAUCAUGGCCCAUGCUUCUACCACUAGGUUAUAUCUUCGGAAAGGCCGAGGGGAGACAAGGAUCUGCAAGAUUUAUGAUUCACCAUGCCUUCCCGAGGCGGAAGCAACGUUUGCUAUCAAUGCUGACGGAAUUGGUGACGCAAAAGAGUAGACCUCAAAAACACACAAUCCCAUGACGCAACAACUGUACAAAGUGUCAGAGCUAAUCUUAUCUUCAUUUUGUCAUUCAAAACUAAUUUCCACUUAUGUAAAAACCUUUAAAAUAAUAUAUUUACGAACAUUAA